GAGGAGCUUCGAGAAACCACCCCUGAAGUAUAAAAAGACACCGGCGUGCCUCGGGGUAAUGCAUUAGAGUCAAAAAGUACUCACUCGAACGCACCCGAAGAGAGACUUAACUGCCCACAGGAGCAGCAGCAAAGCACACAUUUGAAGAAGAAAAAGAGAAGUUCAGUCAAAUUACUUGAAAGAUUAUCCUCAAGAAGUGAGAAAGACUGCACUCAAGAUGCCUGAGAAAGCUGGACACGUCAUGGAGGACGAAGUAGAGACCUUUGCCUUCCAGGCUGAGAUUGCUCAGCUUAUGUCCCUUAUUAUCAACACUUUCUAUUCAAACAAGGAGAUCUUCCUUAGAGAGCUCAUCUCCAACUCUUCAGAUGCCUUGGACAAAAUCAGAUAUGAAAGCUUGACAGACCCCAGCAGACUCGAGUCCUGCAAAGAGCUUAAGAUCGAAGUCAGGCCCGACCUGCACGCUCGCACCCUGACCCUGAUUGACACGGGUAUCGGCAUGACCAAGGCCGACCUGAUCAACAACUUGGGCACAAUCGCCAAGUCUGGCACCAAGGCUUUCAUGGAGGCUCUGCAGGCUGGAGCUGAUAUCUCCAUGAUUGGUCAGUUCGGUGUGGGUUUCUACUCUGCAUAUCUGGUGGCUGAGAAGGUCACAGUCAUCACAAAGCACAAUGAUGAUGAACAGUACAUUUGGGACUCUUCGGCUGGAGGCUCAUUCACAGUCAAAGUAGACAGCGGAGAACCCAUCGGCAGAGGAACAAAAGUGAUCCUUCACCUCAAAGAAGAUCAGACAGAAUACUGUGAGGAGAAGCGCAUUAAGGAAGUCGUGAAGAAGCACUCACAGUUCAUUGGCUAUCCUAUUACACUUUUUGUGGAGAAGACAAGAGAGAAGGAGGUGGAUCUUGAAGAGGGAGAGAAAGAAGAGGAGGUUGAGAAAGAGGCCGCUGAGAACAAGGACAAACCAAAGAUUGAGGAUGUGGGCUCGGAUGAGGAUGAAGAUACAAAGGAUGGCCAGAACAAGAGGAAGAAGAAGGUCAAGGAAAAGUAUAUGGAUGCUCAGGAGCUGAACAAGACGAAGCCCAUCUGGACCCGUAACCCAGAUGACAUCACCAAUGAAGAGUACGGAGAGUUUUACAAGAGUCUCACCAAUGACUGGGAAGAUCAUCUGGCUGUCAAGCAUUUCUCAGUGGAGGGUCAGCUGGAGUUCCGCGCCUUGCUGUUUGUGCCCAGAAGAGCUGCGUUUGACCUCUUUGAAAAUAAGAAAAAGAGAAACAACAUCAAGCUUUAUGUACGCAGGGUCUUCAUCAUGGACAACUGCGAGGAUCUGAUUCCAGAGUAUCUCAAUUACAUCAAGGGUGUGGUUGACUCUGAGGAUCUGCCCUUGAACAUCUCCAGAGAAAUGCUGCAGCAGAGCAAAAUCCUGAAGGUCAUCCGCAAGAACCUGGUCAAGAAGUGCAUGGAGCUGUUCACAGAACUGUCUGAGGACAAGGACAACUACAAGAAGUUCUACGAGCAGUUCUCCAAGAACAUUAAGUUGGGAAUUCACGAGGACUCACAGAACAGGAAGAAGCUUUCUGACCUUCUGCGCUACUACACUUCCGCCUCUGGAGAUGAGAUGGUUUCCUUGAAAGACUAUGUCUCCCGAAUGAAGGACAGCCAGAAACAUAUUUACUACAUCACUGGUGAAACAAAGGACCAGGUGGCCAACUCCGCCUUCGUGGAGCGCCUUCGCAAAGCUGGCCUUGAGGUCAUUUACAUGAUCGAGCCCAUUGAUGAGUACUGUGUCCAGCAGCUGAAGGAGUAUGAUGGCAAGAACCUGGUAUCGGUGACCAAAGAGGGUCUGGAGCUUCCUGAGGAUGAGGACGAGAAGAAGAAGCAGGAAGAACUUAACAAUAAGUUUGAGAAUCUUUGCAAGAUUAUGAAGGAUAUCCUUGACAAAAAGAUAGAAAAGGUCUCAGUCUCCAACCGUCUAGUCUCUUCCCCCUGCUGCAUCGUCACCAGCACCUACGGCUGGACGGCUAACAUGGAGAGGAUCAUGAAAUCUCAGGCCCUGAGGGACAACUCCACCAUGGGCUACAUGACAGCCAAGAAACACCUGGAGAUAAACCCAAUGCAUCAGAUCGUAGAAACACUGAGGGAGAAGGCAGAGGCCGACAAGAACGAUAAGGCAGUGAAGGACCUGGUCAUCCUCCUGUUCGAGACCGCCCUGCUGUCCUCGGGCUUCACUCUGGAAGACCCUCAGACACACGCCAACCGCAUCUACAGGAUGAUCAAACUGGGGCUUGGAAUUGAUGAGGAGGAUUCUGCCGUUGAAGACCAUAUUCAGCCGGUUGAUGAGGAUAUGCCAGUCUUGGAAGGAGAUGAAGACACAUCAAGAAUGGAGGAAGUUGACUAAAAAAAACACUUGCUAGACUUUUCUAGGCUUUUUUGAUGUUUAUUUUUUGUAAGUUACAUUUUCUUUAACAUGAAUACUGCUCUUGAAUAGCAGUAACCUUUCACUAAAUGAUCUGAAAUAAUGCAAGGUAAAACAUCUUUAAUUAUAGUUAUGAUAUAUCUAUAAAUAUUAUAAUAUCUAAAGUAAUUGUUAUCGGUCUAUACGAUAAUGGCUAUUUAUAUGACACUACUGACAACCAUUAGUAGUUAUAGUCAGUGGAAAUUUGACAUAUCUUUUUGUAACUAUUACAUUUUUAUAUGUAAAGCAAUCCAAUUUGUAAUAAAAUAUGUUUACAAAAUUAA